AUGGCACAGAUAGCGCAUCAAUUAAGCAAUCUUUCCAAACCCGGUGGACAGUUGCCAAGCAACAUCGAGAAAAACCCCUCCGGGCAUGUAAAUGCAGUCACACUAAGAAGCGGUACCACCUAUAAUCCUCCACCCAUGGUUGUUGUUGAGAAUGAAGAAGAAGAGGUGGUAAUAGAGGAAGAAGCACCCAAUGAGGGGGAAAUGGAGGAACAACCAGAACCUGCCCCAGAGAAGAGAAAGGAGGAGAUUAAUGUUAUCAAGGAGAUGCCUUCUUAUGCAAAAUUUCUGAAGGAGGUAUUAUCUAACAAAAGGAAGCUGUUGGAAAUAGGCGUAGAAACACUAAGAGGAGAAUGCAACGCUAUCUUAGAGUGCAAGGUGUCGAAAAAAGAAGCUGACCCCGGGUGUUUCACCAUUCCAGUCAACUUUGGUGAAGAUUUGGUCAAUAAAACACUUGCUGAUUUGGGAGCUACUGUGAGUAUCAUGCCUACUGUCUUUAUGCAAAAGCAUCAAUGCGGAUUCAAGCCAACAAGGAUGUCUUUACAGCUAGCCGAUAGAUCAGUAAGGUUUCCAGUUGGAGUUGUUGAAGAUUUUCCAGUUCAAAUAGGGAAGUUCUAUGUCCCUUGUGAUUUUGUGAUAAUGGAUAUUGUUGAAGAUCAUGUCAUACCUAUCAUUCUUGGGAGAGAUUAUUUGAAGACUGCACGAGCUGUUUUUGAUGUAUUCAAUGGCAAGCUUACAUUGAACAUCUUGGGGGAGGACGUUGAGUUUCAUCUUCCAUCAAGGAUGAAAGGACCCGCUGAUGAAUCACUAUGCAGAGCAGAAAGUGGCAAGGGUUGA